AUGGGGCCGACAGAGCCGCAGCAGCAACAGCAGCAGCUGCAGCAGCACCAGCAACGACGCCGUUUCCGCCCCAAGAAAGCCACAAGAAGGAGGAGCAGCAGCAACUGCAGCAGCAGCAGCAGAGGCAAUAGCCCUGACCCAGACUACGGCAAUGGGUCAGGCUGUGCUGGUACAGCAGAUGCAGCAGCAGCAGAAGCUGCUGCUGCAGCAGAGGCAGCAGCAGCAGCUGCUGCUGCAAGGGAGAGCCCGGCAGCUGCUGCAGCAGCAGCGGCAGCAGCAGCAGCAAGCAGCAGCAGCAGGUCACCGGCUACGGCGCCGCUCGAGGGGCAACAGAGCGCAGCCACAGCAGCAGCAGCUGCAAGGCCCUCUCGCAGCCGUCAAAGAUCACGGCCACACGAGCAGCAGCAGCAGCAGCAGCAGCAGGCAUGGACGUGGGCAGCAGAUGAUCUCAGCAAAGACACAGAAAGUUUUGUCUGCGAGCUGCUGCUGCUGCUGCUCGGGCGGCUUCCCGACGAUGUCUCGCCUCUGCAGCUCGCUGCUGCUGCGCAGCAUCAAAUGCAGCAACAGCAGCAGCAGCAGCAGCAGCAGCAGACUGGCAAAAACCAGCAGCAAGUGGAGGAAGACACGGCAGGGCCCUUUCCCGUGCUGCCCUGGUGGCUUGAGGCGCAGCUGCUGCAGGGCAGCAACGAGCAGCAGCAAGUAGAAAAGGAUGUGCAGCGUUCGUUCACAGCCUGGAAGCUCAGCAGCAGCAGCAGCAGCAGCAGCAGCAGCGGGGAGAACAGCGACAGCGACAGCAGCAGCGGCAGCUUCCUCAGCGUAUCCGAUGGCCCACCCGAUCCGCUGAGCAGCAGCCAAAACAGCAGCAGCAGCAGCAGCGAAUCAUGGAAUGGCAUUCGGCGCAGCAGCAACGAGCUGGAGCCGUGUGACAGCAGCAGGAGCCCAAGCCGCAGAGGCAGCAGCAGCAGCACGAGCCACAACAACAGCAGCAGCAGGAGGCGGAGCAGCAGCAGCAGCAGCAGCAGUUUGGAGAGCCUGCGCGGGGCGCUGCGUUUGCUGCUGCUGGGGCUGCUGGCGCGGCACCUGCCCACUCUGGUGUACGCACAGGGCAUGCAUGAUCUUGCUGCUGCGCUGCUGCUGACAGCAGCAGAGGCGCUGCAGCAGCUGCUGAAUGCUGCUGAGGUGUACAGACAGCUGGUCGCCCGCGGCGUUUGCUGCAGCAUGCAGCAGCAGCUCCAGGGAGGCUCACACGGGCCAUUCCCUGCAGCUUGCUGCAGCAGCAGCAACAACAGCAGCAGCAACAGCAGCAGCAACAGCAGCAGCAGCAGCGACAGCAGCAGCAGCAACAACAGCAGCAGCAACAACAGCAGCAGCAACAGCAGCAGCAGCAGCAACAGCAGCAGCAGCAGCAACAGCAGCAGCAGCAGGAGCAGCAGCAACAGCGUGGACGCGGCGCUUUUGUGUAGAGUGCCUUGCUGCUGCUUGCUGCGGGCGUGCGUGCGGGGGCGCGGUGCUGCUGCUGCUGCUGCUGCAGUGCUUUGCCCGGGGAGCGGGUUGUCUUUGGUUUGCUGCUGCUUGUCUUUCAUUCUUUGCGAAAGAGUUUUCGUUUGCUGCAUCAGCGACUACCUUGCUGCAGCAUUUGAGGCCUCGCUGCUGCCUGCGGUGCGGCUGCUGUCGCUGCUGCUGCAGCAGCAAGACCCGCAGCUGUGGGUGCUGCUGCGGCUGUGUUCUGCUGCUGCGCACACCCCGGGCGGCGAGCUGCUGCCUUGUGUCUCCUGGCUCAUUACUUGGUUUACGCAUGCAGCAAAUCCUUUCAAGUUGACAGCAAGGCUGCUCGAUUUGCUGCUGGCAGCACAUCCGCUGCUCGUGCUGCACUUUGCUGCUGCUGCAGUCCGCGCGCAGCGCCGCCGCCUCUUCGCAGUUUGCCGCUGCGCCCUCGCGGACGCCGCGCCCCCGCAGCUGCAGCAGCAGCUGCAGCAGCAGCAGCAGCAGCAGCAGCGGGGAGGGGGCGGGGGAGCGCGGGGGGUGGACGUGGUGGCGCUGUGCGAGCUGCUGCUGCAGCAGCCCGAGCUGCUGCAGCAGUGCAGGCAGCAGCUGGGGGACGCGGUGUAUGGGGAGGUGCAUGCAGUGCUGCAGCGCGUACACCUGGGGAGACUUUGUCUUGAGGAUUUGCUGCUGCAGGCCCACGACGCGCUGCAGCACGAGCUGACGCAGCAGCAGCUGCUGCAGCUUGCUGCAGCAGACGGGCUCACGCUGCUGCCUUUCUCCCCGCUGCUGCUGCCCUUCUCGCUGCAGCCAGACACAGCAGCGCUGGAAACUCAGGCAGCACCACCAGCAGCAACAGCAGCAGCAGCAGCAGCAGCAGACACACAGUCUCGCUGCUACUGCGUCCGCUUGUCGUAUCCGCAGGCCUUCUUCAGCAUCGUUGGCCCCCGCAUGCCCCAUAUAGCAGCUUCGUACAGUGCUCUUGCUGCUGCUGCUGCUGCUGCUGCUGCUGCUGCUGACAGCAAAGGCGGGCAGCCCGGCUCGGUGGCUGCAGCAGCGUGGGUUCGGGCCCUCUCUCCAGAUGCUGCUUCGCAGCAGCAGCAGCUGCAGCAGCCGCAGGAGUCCUUGCUGCUUGCGGCCAAAGCUGUUGCAGCAGCAAGCAGCAAGCAGCAUCCUUGCUGCUGCUCCUGCUGCAGCGCUCCACAGAGCGGAGCGCGAUCACCGUCACCUGCGUCUUCAUCAGCUUCAGCAGCAGGAGCAGCAGCAACAGCAGCAGCAGCAGUCCCAGCGCGCAGCAGCUGCUGCCCUGAGGUGUACAGACACGUACCAGUUGCUGCUGCUCCUAGUGCUGCUUGGCGGCAGCCGCUGCCCUCUGCAUUUGUGUCAGUAGAUUAUUUGCUUCUGCAGCAGCAGCGGAAAGCUGCUGCGUUUUUGCCGCUGCAGCUGCUGCAGCAGCUGCAGCAGACGGAAGCAGCAGCGCUGCUCAGGUGUACGUACACCGCAGCACUGGCCCUCUGGGAGACGUACCGCACAGCAGCGUCUCCUGCGCUGCAGCUGCUGCUGCAGCUGCCGCUGCAGUUGCUGCUGCAGCAGCAGCUGCUGCUGCUGCUGCGUGGGGCAGCUGCGGCUGGCUUAACAGAAAGAGCCUUUGGCGUAGAAAAGGACUUAAGGACUUUUGUGGAGAAGACGAAAAAUAAAGAAGACACAACAGCAGCAGCAAAUAGAACUGAGGCAGCAGCAAAUAGUACAGAAGCAGCAGCAAAUAGGAUUGAAGCGGCAGCAAAUAGAACAGGGGCACAGGCAGCAGCAAGUAGGACAGAACCAGCAGCCAGUUAG